AUGAAGUCCAACCCGCCAGGUUCCUCUCCAGAGGCCUGCAAAGCUGCAGGACAGGUACCACAGCAAAAGACUCAGGCCACCCCCGUGCAGGCCCUGAAGCAGAAGGUUCUGGUGACUGGAGGCGGCGGCUACCUGGGUUUCAGUCUAGGCUCCAGCCUGGCCAAGAGCGGUUUGUCUGUCAUCCUGCUCGACCUCCGCAGGCCCCGGUGGGAGAUGUCCCCAGGGACUGAGUUCAUCCAGGCUGAUGUCCGAGAUGAAGAGGCCCUGUACCGAGCCUUCGAAGGGGUGGACUGUGUCUUCCACGUGGCGUCCUAUGGAAUGUCGGGCGCUGAGAAGCACAUGGACCACUACUCCCGAACCAAAGCCAUCGCCGACCAGCUGACCCUCAUGGCCAAUGGGACGCCUCUCCCAGGAGGAGGAACUCUCCGCACGUGUGUGCUCCGGCCUCCAGGGAUCUACGGCCCUGAAGAGCAGAGGCACCUGCCCCGCGUGGCGAGCCACAUCAAGAAGAGGCUGUUCAUAUUCCGAUUUGGGGACCACAGGACGCGGAUGAACUGGGUGCACGUACACAACCUGGUGCAGGCUCACGUGCUGGCCGCUGAGGCCCUCACCGCGGCAAAGGGCUACGUGGCUAGUGGACAGGCAUACUACAUCAACGACGGGGACAGCGUCAACCUCUUCGAGUGGAUGGCCCCGCUGUUUGAGAAACUGGGGUACAGCCAGCCCUGGAUCAAGGUACCUACUUCCUGGGUUUACCUGGCAGCUGCCGUGAUGGAGUAUCUGCACCUGGCCCUGAGGCCCCUCUGCAGCAUCCCACCACUGCUCACCCGGAGCGAGGUGCGCAGCGUGGCCGUGACGCACACCUUCCGCAUCGCCAAGGCGCGGGCCCAGCUCGGCUACGCGCCGGACAAGUUCAGCUUCGCCGACGCGGUGGAGCGGUACGUGCAGUCCACUGCCGGACGGCGCCGUGGCUCCGCGGCGCGGACGCUCCUGCGGCUGCUGCUCGCCCUGCUGCUGCUCCUAGGCCUGCUCGCCCUGGCCCUACGCUUCCUCGGCCUGGAGCCGUCCUUGCUCUGA